AUGGAUAACCAACCCAAUCGUCAUGACACCCCUGACGAAUCGAAAGCGCCGCCCCUCGGCCGCGGCCGCGCGCAGCGACAGCGGCAGCAAGCGCCGCGACGCUCGGCCAUCCCCGCUGCCACCCCGGAAUCCGAGUCCCCCUACGCGUCUUCCUCGUGGGCGUCCCUUGCCGAGGACCUACUCGACCUGAUCGGGUGGCGGGUGCUGACCGGCGACCUGCUCGACUACGUCCGCCUCCGCGCCGCCUGCCGCCAGUGGCGCUCAUCCACCGUCUCCCCGGGCGGCCGCAGCCUCCACGACCCGCGCUUCUACCCGCGCCGGUGGAUGCUGCUGCCCGAGGGCCACGGCCUCCACCCCGGCCACACCAGGCUACACGGGUACAUCCGGUUCAUCAACCUGUCCACCGGCGCCAUCGUCCGGUCAAAUCUCCCGAUCUUCAGCGACCACUGCGUCCUCGACUCCGUCGACGGGAUCCUGGUGCUGCAGAGGGACCACGACACCGCCGUGCGCCUUCUCCACCCCUUCACCGGCGACAUCGCGGACCUCCCGCCGCUCGCGUCCCUCAGGACGAUGCUGACACCCGGACAGCAGCAGAUAUUGGACUGGUCGUUUUUCAGGACCAUAUGCGCGACCUCCUUCACUGUGAGCGCAGAUGGGGUCGUCACCGCCAUGAUUGCUCUCUUCUAUUUAGGGCGGGUAGCCUGUGCCACCUCCAUGGACCAGCAAUGGAGGCUCUCGACAUGGAGCGUAUCAAAAAACUGGAGGCCAAUGUCGUUCCAGGGCAAGAUAUACACGUUGCACUGUGACACAUUGGACAGUGAGCUUCAGAUUUCCCAGAUUGACCUGCCGGGGCUCGGGGAGAAGGAGGAUUUUGGUGAUCUGUUGUGUUAUCUACCGGAACCAAAGUUGAUCGCCACAUUUCCGGCAGGCAGACUUCACAUGCCUCACCACCUCGGAGAAUGCGACUCGGAGAUCAUAUUGAUCGGGCGUGAAGAAUGUAGGCUCUCUUUUCACAUUGGGGUUUACAGAGUAGCUGACAUUUUGGCAGACAAGAUUACACCAGUAACAAGCAUCGGAGGAAAUGAUUUGUUUGUUGAAGACAGGGUUCUGAGUGUGAGCAGUAGAGUGCACCCUACCAUUGUGGCUGACGCCAUUGUACUUCUCCAUCAGAAGGAAGUAUAUCUUGGGCAAUACCACCUUGCUAGUAGGACAUGGUUGCCAACAGCAGAUGGGGGUCUCAAAGGUGCUUCUGUACCCAGUCCUUGUAGCCUCAUUUACCAUAUUUUCACAUGUUGCUAUCGUAUUCUUUGGUGA